ACUGUUUGCGAAUUACUUCUGAUCAGUCUGUUUCGGUUGUCGGUUUGAAGUAGAUCAUCUGGUACGGGAUCCUGUCCAGAAACGUGGCGUUGCCGUUUGGCGAAGGUCGUUAUUUGUGGGGAAGAAAGUUGUUAGAGGCGAAUGUGCGAUUUGAGUUAGAUUUCUCGGGUUCAACUUCAAAAAUUGUAUCGGAAUCGGCAAAUUCACAGAGAAGAAAGUUUAAUCUAAGCGGCUGGUCCUGCAAAAUGUAUCUGAACCGUUUACAUGUAAAGCGCCUGCAGGUCACGCGUUUAUCGGUUUCGACGACCCAUCCCUGAGAUUGGUUCAACCGUCAGUGGAAGAAUUUAUUGUGCCGUGCUGUUCCGUUGCUGUCAGAAGUUCAGCGAUUGAAGAUCCUCAACUUAUGAAAGUACGAAAGAAAUAAUCAAAUUGUGCCAAAACAAUUCGGCAGCCUUUGUUGUCGGAAAAGCUGAGGAGGAAUCCAGUGAGAAGUGAGCUCGAAUAGUGAGCAUUUUGGAUCCUGUUGUGUGCCAAAGUUCCGUGUGUUUGAUUUGUUAAUCAGAAACGAAAUCAGAUUAAUCGAAGACACUACGCAGUAGAAAUCGUGGCAUCAUCGACGGGAACUGAUCACAGUUUCAUAACGUCUCGAUCUAGCGUGUGUUUCUUCCGUGUAAUUCAAUAGCUUGGCAUUCUAAACAAGUGGUGUGUAAAAUUACUGCCAGGCUCUAGUCUGCAUUAGUAUUUUUUCCCCCUCCGUUGAACAGUCCGAAUCUUCUCGGAGUGCAUUGGAUUCGACACCUUAUCAGUGGUAAUUAGUCGUUGCUUUCUAAUUGGUCAGGCAUCAGAAACGGCGCAAAGAUCACCGACAUCAAGUAGGACCAAGGUUCCGGACAAUCAAUUGGGCCAUCCGCGGUCCAGCUGUCCUGAAUACUCGCGGUUCAGGUUAGAGGCGAACAGUGAUAACAACACGAUCAUAACUUACCCAAAUUUAGCUACCGUACAAUGGCAUUAAAGUUCACCAGACGGCAAUGGCUCACACUCAUGAUUAUGGGACUGGCAGAUUUCUGCAAUGCAGUCUGCGUCAGUCUACAGGCUCCGUUUUUCCCCGCAGAGGCAGAAAGUAAAGGUGCCACGGCAACAGAAUACGGGCUGGUGUUCGGUAUUUUCGAGCUGAUCGUGUUCAUCAUAUCCCCCAUCUAUGGGCAGUAUUUAAAUCGACUAGGUCCAAAAGUAUUAUUCAACAGUGGAAUCUUCACCACCGGAACGGCAGCCAUUCUGUUUGGGCUGCUGGAUCGUAUCCCAAACCACCUGCCAUUCAUAACAGCAGCUUUCACAAUCCGGAUAGUGGAAGCACUGGGAAAUGCUGCCUUCCUGACGGCAUCAUUUGCCAUCAUUGCCAAGGAGUUCCCAGAUAAUGUGGCCACCACUUUUGCUUCUCUGGAGACAUGCUUCGGUCUUGGGCUGAUCGUUGGACCUAUGGUUGGAGGUGUACUGUACGAUGCCGGAGGAUACUAUCUGCCAUUUGUAGUCCUAGGGUCGGCACUGUUCAUCACAGCCAUUCUCACACUAUGCAUUCUUCCCAAACAUCCGAAUGAACCAUACGAAGAAAACAGCAAAUCGCUGUCGAUGUGGUCGGUUUUAAAAAUUCCCGGCGUCCUAGUUAGCACCCUGGCCAUUUGCGCAACUAGUGCGUCGAUCGGUUUUCUCAGUGCCACCUUGGAGCCACAUUUAAGGCAGUUCAACCUUAGUCCUGUUAUACUGGGCGUUGUGUUUGUCAUAAACGGAGGGGUCUAUGCGGCAUCUGCUCCCGUGUUUGGAUGGAUGGUGGACAAGUUCUUGAACCCCAAAGUUUGCUCCGGAAUUGGAUGUGCAAUGAUCGUCACAGGGUUUAUGAUUGUGGGACCUGCGCCGUUCAUUCCGGUCGAUACAACACUAAAACUAGUUAUUGUAGGGCUGGUUUUCCAUGGAUUCGGUAUUGCUGCUGUACUAGUAUCUGGAUUUACGGAUUCUCUGCGGACAGCUAUAUCUAACGGCAUGCAGGACAACAUCGAAACGUAUGGGAUCAUCUCCGGUCUGUGGACCUCGACCUUUGCCUUCGGAGCAUUCGUGGGCCCCUCGGUUUCCGGUCUGCUGUACGAUGUACUGGGCUUCCGGCUAGCAACCAUGUUCAUUGUGGCCCUGGUGGCCAUCGUUGGCGUCGUUAUUUGGUUCUUCAUAAUGUGCGAUCGCACCAAGGGCCAGUACAAAAAACUCGAUUCGACCGAAUCCCUGGUCAAAAGCACCGAUGGCAGAUCCAUUGAUGGCAGUGCAUCCAGCUCCAGUAGUUUGGAUAUCAGCUUCCGUAAUAAAACCGGGUUUUUGGGAAGUCAGCACUCCAUCAGCAUCGAAUCGUGGCGUCCUUCGCCAAACAGCCUGAUUAUCAGCAACAGCUACAACAGUAAACAAGGACAUUGGGCACGAUCAGUUACAGAGCUGGAAACUAGCAAUGUGGCACAAUACGGUCCUCAGUAUGGAAGCUUCGACGCUCGCCCGGCAUUCCACGAUACCAUGUCCUAGAAUGAUGAACUCUUCGAAACGACAAGAGUCGUUAAGGUUGGAAAACAAAGCUUGAAUCUAACCUUUUUUGCAGUUCGAUAUCUGUAAACAAGGAGGUAGAUCUUGUAACGACUCUUAAAUUUAUAGGCGCCCACUCAUAAAAAGGAACGCAAGCACGUAUCUUGGUAUUUUAGAUAUCAGCAAACAAUAUUCAUUUGAAUGAAUAUACACAUACCUUAAAACGCAGCAUGUUUCGUUUGGAAUGAAUGGUAUAUUGUUUGAAAAGUCACCCAUAGCUGUCAUUCAGUAUAAGGAUGUAGAAAAUUAUCGUCAUUAUUUUGUUCUUUUUUCCAUUUGUAUAUGUUUCCUAUUACAUUUUACCAUACUCGUAUGUUCUCCUUUUUUAUUAAAUGUGUUCUUUAUUUAAUACAAAACCAAUGCAUUGUCAUGACUUGGAAGUGCCCUGGCAGCUUCCCAUUAGAAUGUAACCAACUUCAAAGAAUAACAAAAGUUCUCCCCGUCAAGAGGUAGAACCCCGCAGAAAUUGCUCAAGUGUGAUGAUAGCCCGCUUAUUUCUUUCGUUUUUUUUUGUUCUGCUGCCACCCUGACAGGCGGCAAAUACGCGAGGCAAUGUGCGAUAAGCGACGACUGUGCUGUAUGGAUGAUUAUUUAAAUAGGCGAAAUAAACGAUAGAUCACUGCUAAGAAAUGGAAAAAUCCACCUCGAGUAACUACUAU